AUGGACUUCGGCGACCACCAGCAGGGGGCCUCCGACAGCCAGCAGCAGCUGCAGGAGCGCCGGAAGCGCCAACGCCGCCACACACCGGAGCAGGUCCAGAAGUUGGAGGAGUCGUACAAGAAGUCCGAUCACCCCAGUGAGAUCGAGUGCGCUCAGCUUGGACGCGAGCUUGGUCUGGAGACCAAGCAGGUCAGAUCCUGGUUCCAGAACCACCGGACACAGAUCAAGGUAUGGCACGAGCGGCUGGAGAACCGCUUCCUCCGCUGGGAGAACACAAGUCUCCGCUCCGAGAUCAUGGCAGUGCGGGAGGCGCUCAAGAACUCCGCCACCUGCCCCCACUGCGUCCUCAAGGACUGCAUCGACCAGCAGGAGCUCAAUCGGGAGAACGCUCGCCUCAAGGCGGGGCUCCUCCACUGCACCACAUCUUUCCAAGUAGGGCUGGACCUUUACUUUUUGCAUGUCGACGUUCCUCCGCCAUGCUUUCGGCGAGGAAAUUGUAUGACCAAACAUGCAUAA